AUUCAGAGCCAUCAAAAUAUGAGCCUAAAUGAUAUUGUCAUUGCUUAAUCGAGGAAAAUCACUCUUGUAUAAUCGAAGAAAUCCUUGCUUACAAUUUCAGCGCUUGUAGUUUAGCAAGUGACUAUGUUCGUUGUACAGAGCCCAGAGAGACGCUUGUAGUUCUGCAAGCAUCUCUGGUGGCUGUACAGAGCCAUGAAAGAUGUUUGUAGCUCUUCAAGCGUCUCUGGUAGCUGUACAGUCCAGAGAGACGUUUUUAUCUCUGCAAGCUUCUCUGAUGGCUGUACAGCCUAGAGAGACGCUUGUAGCUCUGGAAGAGCCUCUGGUGGUUGUACAGAGCUCGGAAGGUCCACACCGGGCCAUCUUUCACGCCUUGCUCCACUUACUGACCGCCUCAAGGAAAAGCCCGUGAUGACUUCCGGCCAAUUUUUAAUCUAAAUGAAAAAGAAGAAGAAGAAGAAGAAGAAGAAGUAGAAGAAGAAUGACCUCUGCAAGGAACUGUCGCUUGCACCCGCAAGGUUAGCAACAACAAACUUUUUCGGCACCAAGGGCAAGGAAUAAACAAAAUUACGAUCGAAGUGUAAUAACAAUUUUCCUGUGAUUACAAGGGAAAACAACAACCUCCUCCUCUUCCAGGGAAGAGAAACUGAUUAUCAAAAGUCAAGAAAAACAAACAUGUUGAUCCACAACUUUUAUCUCCCGAUAGAGCAAUCUCCGAAGGGUAAUCUUAUCUCAAGGUUCAUUAUGUUGAUGCUGAGAAGAGUUAGGCACCAAAGCAAAGUGUGUUAAGUUGAAUUCAGUCAAAUUCCUGGAGUGCCUUCCGUCUGCAGCCAAUCAGUGAGUGCCUUCGGACUCUUGCUGAGACAAAGAAAUAGAACCCUCUCAAGACCACAGGGACGCGUUUGAUAUAAAAUUCGAUUACACUUAAACCAAUUUUUCGUUCAACUUAAAAAAUUCGGGUGUUCGUUAAGACUUUUGUGACUCGCCUUUGUGUCUGUUAUGAAUAUCAGCUAUAAGAAGACUCUUCAAGGACGAAGGACAGGAGAGAUACAUUUAGAUAUUGGGAAAAGGAGACAAUAGCGCAGAGGAUAUGGAAGAAACAGACGCAAUGCCCUCCCGGGGAUCCAUAGUCACCGUGUUAGUGAGCGCUCUGGUGACGGGGCUCCUCGUGUACAUCUAUAGACGCAUCAUACUCAGACAAAUUAGAAGAAGUAUUUGGAGGACGGCCGGGGAGGAUGUCGUGCUGGUCCACUGUCCCACUCCCGGCUUUUUAACUCCGAACAUCUCGCCUUUUGUGAUGAAGCUGCUGACUUAUCUUCGCCUCGCCCAGAUCCCUUACAAGCUGGAACACGACGAGCCCAUGGGGGCGAAAGGGAAGACUCCGUGGAUCACUCUCAACGGCAAAGAUCUCCACGACUCGCAACUGAUCAUCGAAGCCCUUGCAAAGAAGUUCGACAAGAACUUCGGCAAAGGGCUGUCCGAGGAAGAGAAGGCCAUAGCUCGAGGCUUUACUAUGAUGAUAGAGGAACAUAUAGCUUGGGGCCUUCGAGUGUGGCGAUUCAUAGUUGACGACGGCAGGACGCUCAUGGAAGGGAUGAAACAGCCCUUCUACGUGUGGCUGAUAAAACCUAUUUUCGUACGGAGCCAGAAAGCUGCUCUUUGGUACCAAGGGCUCGGGAGACACACGCCCGCCGAAGUCCAAGAUAUGAUGACCGCCGACCUGAGAGCUCUUUCGAAAUACCUAGGGAGGAAAUCUUAUCUCAUGGGAGACAGCCUAACCGAAGUAGAUUGCACCAUGUUUGCUUUCCUAGCCAAUAUCCUGUACAACUACAAUCGAUCACCCUAUUAUGAUAUCAUUAAAGGAGAGUUGACAAAUCUCUAUCAUUAUGUAAUACGAGUCAAGAGAAGACUAUGGCCAGACUGGGACCAGUGUUUAGAAAAAACUAAGUAUAAAUGAGCCCUAUAUUUACAAAUGUUUAUAUAGUUUUAGGUUAUGACCGUGUAAAUAAAAAAUAAUAAUUUCCAACCUAUUUAUUUCCAAUAAUAAAUGUUGCCUACUUAAAUAA